AUGGAGUACGAGCGGUCUGCAGCAGAGGGGUGGUCGCUGCCUUAUUACGGACGUGAGAACCCAGCGGCUGGCAGUGCUCCGACUCCUGCUCCAGCUCCAGCCCCAGGUCCAAAGACCAAGACAGCUCCCCCCAACCAGGCCCGCAAGAUCAUCCCAAAGACCACCUCUGGAAAAUCCCGAGGUGUGUCCCAGCCCACAAGGGGACUUCGAGUUGGCGCAACUUACUACGCGCGUCGUGGGUCGCAGCAGGCCCCCAGUCGGCGAAUGGUCGGUGAUGUGUUCCGAGACUCCCCUGCGAAGUCAAGAUGGCGUGCUGGGAUGGAACCCGAUGGAGAGAUGAAGCUCCCUGAUGCCUUUGGCAGGAUCAGACAUGCGUUUGUAACUACUGUUCGAUCAACCGCUCCCAGCAGAACUGCUGGAAGGUCGUCAACUGUCAAUUGGCGAGCUGAUGCAUUUGAUGCCAUCUCACACAAAACCGGUGCUUACGUGCUGCCGGCGAAUUACGGCGAUCAGGUUAUUCAAAUCUGGGGUGGCUACGGCGAGGUGACUGCAGCGAAAGAAUUGCUCCAAGCAGUGAUUACGAGGUGCAUGGAGCCCAAACUCUCCCUGAAGCAGCUCGGAUACUGGUCGCGGGUCACUGCCUACAAAGCAGACAGGGAAAGAGAUGUUGACAUGCGGGCAAAGCGGCUGCAAAGACUCCAGGAGCUGCGCAAGGCGCCAUCGCUGCCAAAUGAAUUCGAGGUCAUGCUGAUGUUCCUAUGGCCACCCGACGGGCCUGCAAUGAACGGUGUUCUCGGUGGACAACUCGAGAAGCUGGACAACAUUCGGACGACUUUAGACGUGCAUGUCUACCAGCAGCGACACAUGCCCAACUACAUCUGCGUCUCCGCCCAUGACAAAGCAGUUCUUCUUCAGGUCAUUGAGUUACUCUGCAUCAUCUGGAGGGAGUUCAGCACCAAGUCGGACGUGCGGCUCAAGUUAUACUUGGUCGAGCCGCCUUCGCCCGCCAUCAUGAGAACAAAGAUUUUUCUAGAAAAGAGUUCGCGGGUGGCACGACCUUUUCUCCAUGGGGGUGAGCUCGGUCGUGAUCAGAUACGACACUGGAGCAACGAACAUUACCUGAUCCUGCUUAAAAACGACUCUCUCCUUCUGAGAAAUCUUCAAAAGUCCCUGGAUACAAUCUCCAUCAUUCGUGGUCAUCUCAAAAUGCGUGUUCAUUUCGGGACAUUUGUGCUGGAUGAGUAUCGUCGAUCGGAGAAGGGCGAGAGUUCGUAUGAGUUCCAAGAGUUCCAGAACAUGAUUCUUCACGAACAGGCGAAGGGGCGACUAGUUCCGGGCCUCCAAGUUGGUCAAAGCGAAUUACUGGAUAGGUGUCUUCAGGCCAGCGAGUUCCUCGAGCCGCUGAAUGCACCCAAGGACUUCAAAUCUCUGGCAGAAAUCGAGCCUACACACUCCGCAUAUUUCGAAUUCCCUGGCAACAACAACACUGUCCUGUGUCUUGAAGCAGAAUUCCUGAAAACCUGGGGAGCCCGGCGCUUCGAAGCCGGGCAGUGCCGGUGGUUCAAAGCCGACCGGAAGGAGGAGUACGGCAAUCGGCUCCCCCUGCAAGUGAGUGUGAUUGACUUCGGCAGAUCAGACUGGCAACUUGAGAUCAAGUCGUUCGAAUUCCAUGAUGCCGAUUCCAUCGGUGGAGCCCUGAGAGCUUUCAUACGGUCGAUCAGAUUCCAGAACCAACAAGCUGUCCAAACCAUUGCUUCCAACCCGCGGCGAAAUGUCCACUUCAUGGCGGAAGCACCCGUGUCGAAAAUCGUCGAGAAAGCUGCCCUUCGCUUCCAAGUGAAGGGUACUCGCUACAUCUUCGAACUGGCCCGCUUCGAUGCGUACAUGCCACUCAAGACGAAAUUUAUUGCGAUGGGUAGUGAGUUUAUGGUACCCCAUGUCCACUGGCAAGAAAAACCAACUGUGUCCUGGGCGGCUUCGGUGUUCGCCCCAGAAUGGGACAAUGUCCUCGGCGAAAAUGCCAACCUCCGACCAGGAAAUACUGUGGAGCACAGGGGAAACCUAUCGGCUUUCUUCCCUCCAGGUGAGGGCAGGGAUGAGGAUUCAGGCUUCUGCGACUUCCUCACUGUUGUGAGGAAGAUCGCGGACAUGUUGGGACCUACCCAGCAUGUUGAGCAACAAUGCAAUGGAGAUGUACUUGAUACUGAUCUGGGAACGCUGUUCUGA